AUGGCAGAGACUGUGAAUCCCGUCGAGAUCACUCCACAACCACCUUCCAACACCGCACCCUCGGCCCCUACUCCGUCGCAGCCAACACAGAUCUCUCGGAUAUCAUCACCAACUCCACAUUUUUCCGCAUCAUCAAAUCUACCACCACAACAGCCUCAACAGUCUCAACAACCCCUUCCCCAAUCACCAGUCCCCACCAUGCCCCCGUCAGUCCAACCUCAAUCUCAGUCCCAACCACAACCCCAACCACAAACUCCAAACAACAACCAAUCCACCACCACCGCCGCCAUAGGCUCUUCCUACCCUCCCCGCGCAGCUCCCGGCGCCCCGGGCCGCAACUACCUCAACACUCACCUGGCACCCUACCUCCGCACCGGCAUGACCAAAAUCCUAGACGCGAAGCCACAGUACCCCCUGCGCUGGCUCGGCGAAUACCUGAUCUCGCAAUCCCUGAUCCACGAAGGCGCUACCGACGAGAAAGGCGUGGUGGAGCGCUUUAUCUACGACGAACAUGGCGCGGCGGUGAAGAGGUUGAGGCCGGAGAGUACGAUCGCGGCAGUGGGUGGGUCUGACCAGAUCAUGGGGGAUGGUGCGGUCGGCGGGGUCGCGGUGGAGACAGGAGAAGCAGGGAGAGAGGACACCGAGAUGGGCGGGAGUUGA